AUAUUUUCUGUACCAGUUCCUUGAUACUUGGGAUGGAUUUCAUUUUAAUCAGUCCAUUUUUAAAUUGAUUCCACACAUCCGAAUACACAAGUUUUCAGUGCCGGAUUCUAAUAACAUUGACAGAACUAGUCACCAAUUAUAUAAAUAAAUGGCACCAUCUUCAUUUGUUAAGGAAAUCAAAGACCACCAAGAGUGCUAUUGCAGUGGAAUAUGAGUUCAGUUUCUUUCAAGGUGAUUUUGAUAAUUUCCGAGCUCAUAUUGAGUUCAAGAAGCUUAUUGACUUUAUUGAUGAACUUUGCCUCCUGGGAUUACUCUGUGAGGAUGACCACUUGAUAAUGGUACAUUUCUGCCUAUGGUUCCAAGAACAAUUGCUAAUAACCGUUCUGAACACCAACUUCCCAUUAUUGACCAUUCCAUCACCAGAAUUUGUCAGUCGCCUCAUUGUCUCUAAUCAGUGCACAGUUAUUUCACGUUUGUGCCGUAUCAUCUUAGAUUACUCGAGUGUGUUCCAGAACUUAAAGAAGCUUCAGACACCCUAUAAACUUGACAAACACAUUAAAAAGUUGAAUGUGUAUGUUUUAGAUGUCUGCAAUGCUCUUUGGCGUUACAAAGCUUUUGAUACUGCACAACAAACUUCUGAUUCCAUUUUGUUUGAUUUUGAUAUCUUCUCCAUACCUGGAAUUCGUAGCAAAUCUGUGACUUCAUCUUUAUCCGUGUGUCAUCACCAAGCGUUCUUAGGACAUGUACUGUUAUACCUGAGAAAGGAAAUGCCCGAGAGCCGACGGCAUUCUUCAUUGAUACGAAUAAACCGGAAAAGAUAUUUCCAGUUUCUGCGUGAUCAAGAAUUGGGAGGUUUAACUGAUUUCAUUUCUCGGUUGCAAACAAAAACUGAGUGAAGAAGAAAGCUUGCACCACACCUGUCCAGUGUUUGAGUACCACUUUUUCUACUACAGUUUUAAUGCCACACAAAGCAGACUUGAGCAAUAAUUGGUCGAUCAGUUCCAAGUGCUUUUCCCAUCAUGCAGUGGUUGAUCUAUUGUUAAAAUCUUACGUUGGGUUACCUGUGCAUCAAUAUCUCUAUUAACAUAGAAUGGUCAAGUAAUUUUCCUAUUGAUGAAACGGGAGGUGCUGUCUGGGUACUUUGAUGCAGGUAACUCAUUGUGCUCAGUCUUUCCCUUUAUGCCAGUCUAGCUGAGUAUCUAAGGUAUUCAGUGAAUGGAUGAGUGUAUUUGACUGAAAUAAUUUGAUGUGGAUUAACAAUAAAGAUUGAUGAUUGUUGAUGAAAUGCAUGAGUGUCUAUGUCCAAAGUAGGAUAGUACACAACCAACCAAAGAGGAAGGGCUCUAUGUGGUUGUAUGAGUAACAGCUGCUAGAAAUAACAACAAAAUGUCCUAAGAUUCAUUAGUUAUUACUGUGAGAUCUGUUCAAGCAGAUAUAAUCAAAGGAAUUCUUUUAAGUUUUUUUUCUUCUUCAGACUACCCAAUAUGUAAGAGCGUUUGAUUUUAAGGAGAUUCAGUUGCUAUUUCUAACAGGUCGCUUGACCCCAUAGAGAAGGGCUCUCUAACUAAAAUGUAGUGCAAUAUAAUCUACCAAUUUAAGUUGUAGCUGCACUAUUUUACUGAUCACCAGUUCAUAUUCAGAGUACUGAAUUCAAUAGUUCAAGUGUUACCAUAAAAUGGGAAACUGCCAAACUGUUCUGAGCAGGGUUUAAGUCUCAUUCACUUGGAUACUGCACAAAGUGAUGAUAAACACUUGAGCAAUGAACCAUGGAAGUCUGUAAAGUGUGGACUGGACUAUCUUAGGAACUGAUAGUCUUUCUGUAUUCAGGAGCAGUAAGUAAUUGCUGUAUAUUUUGGAGUCACUAUCCCUUCAUUUCCAUGAGCACCACUCGCAUGCAGCUGCUCUUGUUUAACUAUUUUUCUGUGUAGAUGGUUUCACAACACAGUGUUGUUUAGUUAAUGAUUCAUAAUUUAUUUAAAAACCUGUUUGAGUAAUGAGGGCCAUUUAAAAAAAA